CCUCUUCUCAAUGAGGAAGCGCCAGAGCCAUUUUCACUGUUGAGUAAGAGCACGCUGCUCUCUACGAACGAGCGAGAGAAAGAAAGUGGGCCUUUUGGGUUUUUCCGGAGCAGUCUUCGCUCAUUCUUCCUCUCUCCUACUUUCUGGCACCCCGCUGGAAGAGGUUUGCGCGAACGAGGCCUCGGGUGGACACACAAUGGGGCGAAGUGCCUGUGGCAACUGGGCCGUUGUGCUUUCGACGGGGGGAAGGGGUAGAGAGCCGACCGGCGCACAGAGCUAACAGAUCCAGCCGGUCUCAAGCCUCUGCGCCUCUCUCUGUCGCGAGCAAGACUCCAAUAAGAGACUUCUCAGGAACCACGAAACCUUCCUCUCAGGACUAUGGUGGACUAACUAUGGAUUAACAUGUAUUUGGCUCAGUGGAUUUUAGGAAACGUACGUCAGAACUGGAGAUUCGAGAGCGAGAAGUCGCUGUGUUUUGGGAAAGAGUGACGAACUUUUCUUGCCUUUUUAGUUCCCUUUCUGUUUUGCUUUUGCGCCGAGAGGAACUCAUAAAUGGAUUACAAAAUGCAUUCCAAGUCCAAUGAUUUGCUGGAUUUUCAGACACUGGAUGCCCUUUUGGAAAAAAUUGCCCAUUGCUCCGUCCCUGUUAAAAGAGAGUCCAGCGAGGAGUGCAAUGGAAUUAGCGGUGCUCUCCCUGUGGAGCCCGCGCCCGGCUCGAGACUGAACGAGUGGUGUCCUGCCCCACCCCCUCCCGUCCCUCUGCCCGCGAUCCACCCCACCAUUAUGGGGGACGGCCUGGACGUAGUGCAGAUGUCGGGGAGCAGCAGCAGUCAGGGGCAGCCAUCGUCCCAGGGCUCUACCGUCUUCAAUCCCAAUGCCCCAGAAACCAAUAACCCUUCCCGGCCCAAGCGCCAGACCAACCAGCUGCAGUACCUGCUGAAGGUGGUGCUGAAGUCUCUUUGGAAGCACCAGUUCGCUUGGCCUUUCCAUUCUCCUGUUGACGCCGUUAAACUGAAUCUGCCUGACUAUUACAAGAUAAUCAAAAACCCUAUGGACAUGGGAACAAUCAAGAAACGCCUAGAGAACAGUUACUACAUCAAUGCCCAAGAAUGUAUUCAGGACUUCAACACCAUGUUUACUAACUGCUAUAUUUACAAUAAGUCUGGGGAUGACAUAGUCUUAAUGGCAGAAGCACUGGAGAAGGUGUUCCUCCACAAGAUUUCAGAGAUGCCCCAGCAGGAGGUCGAGUUGACGACCACAGCCGGAAAGGGUCGUGGCCGGGGCAGGAGGGAUCCAGACAUUAACCUGAAAAUUGCACCUGGCCUGGAGUCUUCACCCACAAUUCCUCAAACACGUGGCCUUUCUAGUCUUGCUCCUGGGCCACAAAUGAGAGGACCACCACAAGGUCCACCUACUUUACCUCCCCAGCCUAUCAUGCAAGCCUUGCCCCCUCGAGUACCCCCUUCGCUCCCUUUGCUCCCUACACACCCUCCCCUUGCGCCUCAAUUAGGGCCACAUUUUUCUAUGGGCCCCACUGACUGCAACCCACAGGUCCCCAUCAUGACGGUUGUGCCUCCUCCAACCCAAACCACCCUGCCGCCCGUGCUCAUGCAGCAGAGCACCCCUCCUAUUCUACAAAGCCCCAUCCCAAUACCUCACAAACAGCAGAGAAAAAGUCAGAAAAGGAAAGCAGACACCACAACACCUACGGCAAACGACCCCCUGAACGAGUCCUCACCUGCUGAGUCGAAGUCAGGAAAGACUCUGCCACGCCGGGAUACUACACGACCAAGCAAAGUAUCCAAAAAGGAGGCACCGGACUCCCAGCACCAUUGGACACCCCUCAUUGGGACCCCCAGCCCCAAGCAACAAGAACAGCUACGCUACUGCUCCGGCAUUGUAAAGGACAUGUUUGCUAAGAAGCAUGCUGCAUACGCUUGGCCCUUCUACAAGCCAGUGGAUGUGGAUGCUCUAGGGCUGCACGAUUACCAUGACAUCAUCAAGCAUCCCAUGGACCUCAGCACUAUUAAGGACAAGUUGGAAAACAGACAGUACAGAGAUGCUCAGGAGUUUGCAGCAGAUGUGCGGUUAAUGUUCUCCAACUGCUAUAAGUACAACCCUCCAGACCAUGAAGUGGUGGCUAUGGCACGCAAACUGCAGGAUGUGUUUGAGAUGCGUUUUGCUAAAAUGCCCGAUGAGCCAGAGGAAAUGCUGGCACCCGCUCCUGCGCCAGUGCUCCACCCGGCUCCUGUCAAGACACAGCCUCCCAUGGGCACGGCCUCGUCCUCUGACAGCUCCAGUGAUUCCUCAUCUGAAUCUGACUCCUCCACGGACGACUCUGAAGAGGAGAGAGCCCAGAGGCUAGCAGAGCUCCAGGAGCAACUGAAAGCGGUUCAUGAGCAGCUGGCUGCCUUGUCCCAGCCUCAGGCCACCAAACCAAAGAAAAAAGAGAAGGAAAAGAAGGAGAAGAAGAAAGACAAGCACAAAAAGAAAGCGGGAGUCAUGCCUGCACUUGAAGAGAUCCUAGAUCCACCUCCUACCCUCAAGGCUCCAGGAAAGCCUAAGAACAAGGAUCCUCUUCCUAAGAAGCCCAAGAAGCUGAGCAAGAAGGAGGGAGGUAAGGGCAAUCGCUCCAUGGCUCCACCCGGUGCUGCUCCACCGACCCUGCAGCCUGUGGUGAGCCUGGAUCCUGAGGAGGAUCUGGGACUGACUGGAGCAGCUGGAAUGGCAGGCAUCCCUUCUGGAGAGAAAUGUAAACCUAUGUCCUAUGAAGAAAAGAGACAGCUGAGCCUGGACAUUAACAAGCUGCCUGGAGACAAGCUGGGCCGUGUGGUCCACAUCAUCCAAUCCCGUGAGCCGUCGCUUAAGAACUCCAACCCGGACGAGAUUGAGAUCGACUUUGAGACGUUAAAGCCUUCUACACUGCGGGAACUGGAGAGAUACGUGUCGUCCUGCCUUCGCAAGAAGAAGAAGCCUGUCAGUGUUCCAGAGAAGUCCAUGGAGGCAGUGAGUGCUGCAAAGACCAAAGGCACAUCGUCCGAGUCGGGCAGCAGCAGCGAGUCCAGCUCCUCAGAAAGUGAAGACUCUGAGACAGGGAUGGCUUCUAAGCUGAAGAAGAGGGGUAGAGGAGAAGGAAAGAAGGCUCAUCACCAGGCGGUGGCUCCAGGCAUGCCUCAGCCACAAGUUCCCCAUCAACCCCAGACCCCUGCACUGCAGCCCAGUGCUCAGCUGAAGCCACAGCAGCAGCAGCAUCCCUCUCCCGCCGCUUACAUACCUCCUCCCGUCACAGCUCUGGAGCCCUCGCAGCUCCUGGAAAACCCAUUCGACCCUCUGGCCCACUUCGUCCAGCCCCUCAUGCACCUUCCCCACCAUGCCAAUGACUCGCCCUCUCCUGCGCCGCCUCACCUCAACGCUCACCCUCCAGGAGGCCCAGUGUCACCUGAGACGCACCCUUUCCUGAACCAGCACCCCAUCCUCACAUCCCCAGCAGCUCUGCACAACGCAUUGCCCCAGCAGCCUUCAAGGCCCAGUAAUAGGGCAGCCCCGCUACCUCCUAAACCUCCGCAGCAAAGCACGCCCCAGCAGCAGCAGCAGCCGCCCCAGCAGACCCUGCCACAGCAGCUCCAGUCCCAGCAACCCCCACAGCCCCAGCACCACCUCCCUCCUCACCUGCUGCAUCCUUCCCAACAAAUGCGCCAGCGGCCCCUCUCCCCACCCACGCUCACUCCCCAGGGCCUGUUCUCCUCCCAGCCCCCACAGAUGCUGCUAGAGGACGACGAGGAGCCCGUUCCCUCCAUGCCCCUGCCCAUGUACCUGCAGCACCUGCAUCCAAACCGCCUGCUGCAGCAGCAGCAGCAGCAGCCACCGACAUCACUAAUGCAGUCUCUGCAGAGCAGGCCGCAGCAGCCGGGCCAGCAGUCUCUGCUGCAGUCAGUGCAGGUUCAGUCUCAGAUGAGCCAGCAGAGCUCCCUGCCCCCACCGCAGCUUCCUGUUCAGACUCAAGCCCAGCCCUCCUCGCAGCAUCAGGCCAGACACAUGCAGCACUCGCAGCAGCUGAGCUUCUCUCAAGGCCCGGUGCAGACCACGCAAACGCAGCCUAGUCAACACAAAGUGUCCAUGCCCUCCACGAAAGCACAGCAGAUUAUCCAGCAACAUCCACCGCAGCAUCACUCUCCACGUCAACACAAGUCUGACUCUUAUAACUCAGCACACAUGCGAGAUAACCCCUCCCCCCUCAUGAUGCAUUCCCCUCAAAUGUCUCAGUAUACUUUAGUCCACCCGUCCCCUCCUCAGGUCCCCAAAAAGGAACCACAAGGUCCUUCAGCUUUGGGUGGCAUUAAAGAAGAGAAGCUGCCUCCUUCACCUGUGAUGCGUGGUGAGCCCUUCAGUCCAGCCUUGAGACAAGACCCUCACAAACACCCUGAGAGCAAACCCACAAUGCCAGGCCACAGCCAACAGAAAGCAGAUAUGAAACCACUUGAAAGUUCCCGUCCUGUCAUCCGCUCCUCUGAGCAGAGCGGUCCGCCGCCUUCCAUGCAGGACAAAGAGAAAUUCAAACAGGAGCCCAAGACUCCUGUAGCGCCUAAAAAGGUACAGGAUGUGAAACUGAAGAACAUGGGUUCCUGGGCGAGCCUGGCACAGAAGUCCACCUCCACUCCCUCGUCUGCUCUGAAGUCCUCAAGUGACAGCUUCGAACAGUUUCGACGUGCGGCCCGAGAGAAGGAAGAGCGAGAGAAAGCCCUGAAGGCCCAGGCCGAGCAAGCUGAGAAAGACCGUCUGCGGAGAGAACAAGAGAAACUUCGGGGACGGGAUGAGGAGGACUCCAUUGAGACGUCCCGAAGGCCUCAGGAGGAGCCCCGCAGGCGGCAGGAGCAACAGCAGGUCCAGCCGCCGCCGCAGCAGCACCAAACUCAGCCCCAAGCCCAAACCCCGGCCCAGCCGGCCUCGGCCCCGCAGCCUUCCCAGGGCCCGCCACAGUCCCCCGCUGCUUCCCAGAGUGCACUUGACCAGCAGAGGGAGCUCGCGCGUCGCCGGGAACAGGAGAGGAGGAGGAGAGAGGCGAUGGCAGCUACUAUUGACAUGAAUUUCCAAAGCGAUUUGAUGGCUAUCUUUGAGGAGAACUUGUUCUGAAGGGCGAGAGGAAGUGAGAAACUGCGAAACUGCUCAUGGAUUCUCCUCCGCACGGACAGAAUGAACUCAAAAAAGCAGUAAGGGAAAAAGACCCCAUCCGACCACAAGAAACACUGAGGAGGCUGAACUAGCGAUGCAUGAGCUGAGGCCCCGAGAGGGAGACUGUAGCUCUCCUUUUGCCUCAGCAGAAAGAGGGACCCUCACACUGGGAUGACAGGGCCUCUCCGGCAUUCCUCCUGGAUUUGCCAUUGUGACCAUGGCGGGAAAGAGAGGACUCGUGUGACUCUUAAUUAAAAGAAUAUGGGAGCAAUGGACAAUGUGAUGGCCGGAGGAAUAUCUGAACGACAACAAUGAAAUGUACUGAUUCUCUGUACUGCGGCAUCCGUCGAUCGCCAGAUGUCUGUGAGGGAUUAGAAAGCGUCUUGUUUCCUGUUUGAUUUGGUUUCCCUCGCAUCGUUUAGUUUGGCUCUAUCCUUUCCCCACCUUUUUUCGCGAGGCAAAUGGCAGGAUGGGAUUGGGGGCACUUAAGAUGAUCUUCCUCGGCAGAGGAAGUCCCGCUCGCCUUACACCUCUGACUUGUAACCACAUCACAAUAUUCACCAGGGGCUGUGACAAGUGACUAAACAUAUGGUGUGUUUCACACUGUUAUCAUGUGCAGAUUUUUCAUUAUGUAGGAUCUACUGUAAAAAGGUAUUUUCUUAAUUACUGUUUUGGUUGAUUGGUUGGUUGUAUUUUUGUUUAUUUCUUUCUUUUUGUUGUUGUUGUUGAUGUUUUUCUUUUUUAAGAUAUUU